CGACGGCCGCGGCAGUGUGUAAUUCGCCCCGUGACGACUAGCGCGCGCGUUUUCCCCCCACGUGACCGUGUCUUCUUUGGGCGAACCGCCGCCGCUACUACUACGACCGUGGUUCUACUACUUCCACCGCCGCCGCCAUCGACACUACUACUAUUACUAUUGUGUACCUACUACCGCGGCUCUGCUACCUACCCGUUCCUACGCGGGCCGUAGUCCACUGCCGACAGUCGGGUGAAGUGCGCGCGCGCGCCUCAAUUAUUGUUUGUUCGCUUCGGCCGUGCGAUAUCGAUAAAUAUUUUCGAAUUAAAAACAUUCGCCGUUGAUAAGGUACCGGCGGUGGCGUUUGUCGGCGCGCGCGCCGCGUGUGUGCGGUCCGUUUGAUGAUAACGACGUUACAUUGUAGUACAAACAUCGCGCGGCUACGCCAUAAUUAAAUCAAUCGAACCGAUAACAAGUAAUACGAGCGCCGUCGGACACGUUAGUCGGUUAUCUCUCUUCUUUUUUGAUUGACCGUCGCGAGCGAUCGUUAACGUUUUCGUUGUUGCACGUUACCGCGGAAUUAUUAUGGCGGUCCGGACGCCCGCGUCGGCGCCGCGAAAACCGGCGUAAAAGUCCGUGUGGAAGAGUUUCGGCGAUUUCGUGGUCGUACACACCCGCGGUUAGACAAUGAGCACGUCGGCGGCGAUGUUCGCGAUUUCGGUGCUGCUGCUGCACUCCUCGACGAUCGGUUUCGUGACUCCGGUGGAAGUGCAUUUCGACAACCCGGAUGGCGGAUUCUUCGUCCGUCACCCGAUGGUCGGCGGCUCCGGUAGCGGUCGUCAGCAACAGCAACAGCAACAGAUGGGCGGUGACGACGGCGGGGCCGUGCUCAGCGUGGACCGGUUCACCGUUUUGCAGGACGUGCCGCAGACCUCGAUCAGGGCCAGCUACGGCCCGUUCUCCACCAAGCAGACGGUGCCGUCGCGGUACCUGAUACCGGACCCGAACGCGGCCGGCAUGUCCGGCGGCGGUAACGGGACCGGGACACCGGCGGGCGGCCCGUACGCGAUCGGCGGCGUAGUGGCCGCGGCCGUGGACAUAUCGUCGAUGGACGUGUCCGCUCACUUGGUGCAGAGGCGCGUGUACCGCGAGACGCCGGUGGUGCGCACGCUGUUCCACGUCGGCUACAGCGUGGUCCGGUCGCAGUCGGUCGCGUCCGGUCAGCCGCCGCCGCCGCCGUCGUUCGCCGAGGCGGCCGGUGGACCGCGUGCCUCGUCCUACGGUAAACUGUGCGCGGUCACCAAGGCCACGUUCGACGGCGCGGAGCGGCCGGUGACGGCCGCGUGCAAGCCCGACCCGAAGGACGGUGUGUGCACCGCCCGACUGGUGCUGCCGGCCAAGUGGUGGCCGCCGCUCAACCCGCCCGACGCCAAGCCGGUCAAGACACCGCAGCGGUACGUGCACAUCUCGUACGCGCUGCUCGAGUCCGACCACCGGUGCAGCCAGUCCGACGUGCAGCUCCAGCCGUUCACGUACAUCGGACAGGCGUCGCUGGAGCACGCCCAGCGGUCGUACAAGGAACUCAAGACGGACGCGUAUCUACUCAUGCUCGUGCCGUCCGUGCCGCUGUACCCGAAAUCGUUCACUUAUGUGCCGGUUUUCUUCGAUGCCGGGCCCAAGGAACAGAACAUCAAAGGAUUUAUACUCAGAGCGAAAGUCAAAAACGGCUUGCGUGUGUUGAACGCCGAAAACAGCAAUCCGGAACGGUGGACUAUCAACUACACGUCGAACCCGAAGGGCACCCAGAUCACGGUGACGGCCGUACACAAAGGGCUGCCCAACACCGGGUCGACGUGGCCCAGUUCUAGAUACGAGGAAGUAUUGCAGUGGCUUUUGCAAGUGGAUUCCGAGACGGAGGAAGUGUGGGAAGAGGGACGGGUCGUGUGGACCGUUCAGUACAUCAUGGAAGCUACGAGCAACGUUACCAAUUGGACUUCGGGCGCGUCUUCGAUCGCUUUGCCUAAAAUCGACCGGCACCGGUCUGCGUACAAACAUCACCGGCGGCAAGCGGCCGUUUUGGCCGGCCAACGUCGGACAGCUAGACUGUCAGGCGUUGCCACUAAAAUGCUCUACCUGGACGGGGUUAACGGUGUUUUGGAUGGAAUCAAGCGCAAGAUUUCUGCCCGGUUUGAGAUACACAAGGAUGACACCGAGGCCGUACUCCCUAUAUCUAAGAAUUGGGAAAUCAUCAAUACAGCCGUGUUGACCGGAAAACAGAUAUCGCACGCCAUGAAGGUGUUCGUGGUCAGUUACGCGGGCAAAAUUUCCGACGUCACCCGGCAGUCUGUGUGUCAAAUAGAAGAUGACAGCGUGCUUAAAGUAACUUCAUCUUGCAGUUCCGUUUACGUGGACGGUUCGGAAAUCAGAGGGUCGUCGAAUGCAACAGUGAUUGUGAAAUAUGAAACGUACACUGGCACGGCUCAUUUCAUCGUAUGGGUUCCUGAGAUAAACGAAAUGGAUUUGACAAUCGCCGAUCAAAAACUGAACCAGAUCAAAGGCUGGAGAGUGCCUGCGAGUUUGGAAGCUGACGACGAUAUGGACGAUUACGUCAACAAAUUGAAAAGGUCUGCUGAGGUCAAAGACGUCCACAUGAAAUCCAUACCGGAUUUCCGGUUGAAUGAAAUGAUUACCGAAGACAUGGUAUCCGACGAGUACGACAGAAAGACCAGCUGUCAGUUAAGAUUUCAACAAACGUCAGUUGAGAUAUACGCGAGAUUCAAGGCGACGGACCACGACUCGGGCCGGGUGAGCUACUUUGUCAACCGUCGCACGUGGUUGAAGGUGACCGAUCUGCUGCUGCACUAUCUGCGGUCGUCCGACCCGCGGGUGGCAUCCAUCACAGGGCAGAUCGUCCGCGGUCACAACGUGGGACGUACCGAGGUGCAGGUGAUAUCCGCGCUGUCCGGUCACGUGCUCGUGUCCAAGGAAAUCCGGGUAGUCAGCGACAAGGUGACGGUGGCCCGACUUGCGGUCAACGUCGUGUCUGGGUUACAGCUGAACAUCCGGCCAGACCCGGCCGUGGACAACAACUACAUCGCGGAGACGUCGGUGACGCGCAAGCUGACCGCCAAGUACCAGGAGGGGCUGCUGGACAUCGAUCUGUGGUUCUCGGACGACACGCGCACGCCGCUGCGGUCUGUGGCCAUGUCCGAGUACGCGCUGCGCGUCGAGUCCACCAACCCGGACGUGGUCGCGUUCGCCCCGAUGGCCGCGUCCCCGCACCCACGCGUCAUCGCCGUCGGCUCAGGCAAGGGCCAGCUGCUUCGGGUGUCGUUUGGUCCACCGGACGCGUGUGGCCGGCACGAGGUGGCCGGUGGUGGUGGUACUGGCCCGGGCGGCGUCCGCAAACCCGUCCAGUCGACCAUGCUCAGCGAGACGGCUGCCGAAGUUCAGGUGGACUUUUCAUCAUCACCGUAUUCAGUCGAACAGUUCGUACAAAACGACGGCGGCGGCGGUGCAAGCGUCGGCGGCAGUGGCGUGCUAAACGUGGGACCGCCCAGGGACAAGAAGGAUCGUAACAAGGAUUCCGCCGGUGGAUUGGCCGGCAUCAAAGACGAAAACAACGACGAGCCAACCGUACAAGCCAGACAGCAUAACAACAAUAUCAACAGUAACAAUAAUAUCGGUGUUGGGAGCACGACAGUACAUGCACACAAAGUGCCCGCUCACGUGAGCCCGUUCGAGCUGGGCAUGUACACGCUGCUGGCCGCUCUGUGCUUCGCCAUCGUGGCGUUCGUCAUAUCCUGCGUCGUCUACGCGUCCAAGUACAAACAAAACUCGUUAGAAAUGCCCACCACUACAUUGAUGACGAAAUCGUUCAUGGGUAACGUGAAUGGGACAAAGGACGUUGGCGGUUGCGGUGCCGGCGGAACCAAACCUCUAUCGGAGGAACCUACUAUGAACGCCCACGACUGGGUUUGGCUAGGCAGAUCUACGUUAGAACGUUCGUCCGGCAUGCUCGUACCGUCGAUAGGCAACAAAUCGCACAACAACAACAACAACAACAGCAGCACCAGCAGCCACGUGAAUGAACAAAAUAUGAGAAUUAUGUCAAAUCCGAUAUACGGUGUGGACAACGUUAACAGCAAUAGUAACUGUGGUAACCAACAACAGCAAGCAUGCGGUAGAAAUUCUCCACCGCCAAUCAAUACUUCCACGUACAGCGUCAAAGACCGAUUGUCCAAUGGCAAUAUCGUUUUCAACAAGUUGUGGAAAGUACUUCCGACGCCCAACGACCAGAACCUGGAGAAGCCGACCGACUACAGGCCGCCGGUGCCGCCGCACAGAUCGCAGUUGAACGCGGAC